UUCGGUUAAAAAAUUCAAAAUCAAUUGUGAAAAAUUUGUGUAGAAAAUGAAACUUACAAUUAAAAAUUUAGACCACAAGAGUUUCGUAAUCAACACUUACGGCUUGAAAACUGUUUCCGAUUUAAAACGUAAACUCUACAAUGUAGCCGUUACAAAUCUUCUACCCGAACGACAACAACUACUCUAUGCGGGACGCGUGUUGAAAGACAACAAAUUGCUCUCUUCCUACUCCAUAGAUGAGCGUAAGUUUUUGUUGGUCAUGGCAAGAAAGCCUUGGAGAACGUCGAACAUUGCUGAAUCAAUCCACCAAACCACCAACAAUAAUAACAAUAACAACAAAAACAAAUGGAUGACAGAAAUAUCUGGGCAAAAGCCCGCAAACGUUGGUCAAGGUGACGAAUUAAAUAACAAAGGAGCGGCAAAAGACAUGACAGAACAAAGAAGAGUCCGUAUAAAGCACAUUAAAAAGAAGCCAAACAGCAAAAUUUUAAUGGCCAAAAGUUCGAUAAAAUUGAAGGCUUCCAAAAGCAUAGCAAAGAAAAGGCAUAAAUCACAAAAUAAAUUUAAAACUAGAACAUCUUCAAGCGCUUCCUUAUCACACGAAGAUAGCCGAACAAACAAUAAAAUACGACAGGAUUCAGCAAGCUCUAUAGAAUCAACCGAUUCGAAGCAAGCAAGAUGUCGGUGUCAUAAAGUCAAAAUAACAGCUAACAACAAAACAAUGAAGUCAACAAAAUCCUUGCUGAGCACCAACAGAUUGCGCGCAACGAAGAAAGCCAGCAAAAUGCAAGCAACGAAGCGCAAAAUAUUGAAGAAAUCGACACAAAACAGAGUUUGCGAUGAGCACGUACUGCGACAAAUUGUGGCGAUGGGAUACAGAGAGGAUGAUGUACGACGCGCUCUAGUCGCUAGCUUCAACAAUCCCAACGAAGCUGUCGAUUACCUUAUAAAGCAGAUGCAAGAGCGCGUCGGACACCAAACCGCAAUAAAACAGAAGCAGCAGCAGCGGCGGCCACAAACCGCAAAUCAGCACAAAGCUAAAACAACAGAGCAGACGAAGCUCAAUCAAGCGAACGCCCUGACAUUUCUGCGACAAGAUCCAGACUUCAAGAAUCUGCGACGCCUUUUGCGUAAGCGGCCGUACGUGCUGCAGGACGUCAUACGGCGUAUCGAUGAAACGCAGCCGGAGUUGUUGUUAAUGCUGAAGGAGCAUGAGAGUGAGUUUCUGCAAUUGUUGCACGAAAGCAGUGCGGAAUCGGAGGAUGAGCAGUGCAGCCAUUGCAACUACAAUCACAUGCAUAUCUCGCCAGAGGAGGAGAAGCAUAUAGCGCGUUUGGUGCGUAUGGGUUUCAAACGUCAGAUGGUGAUCUUAGCCUUCAUAGCUUGUGAUCGUAAUGUCGAGAGGGCUGUGGACUAUCUCUGUCGUAUCGAUGACAUACACAUGUGAGCGCAGAAACCGGUGAGAUUUUGGAAGGUACUAAAUAUAUUAAGUCAGAUUCAGUGAACGAUUUUUAUAAUUAAUUUAUUUUUAUAGGUGUUUUUCUUUUUUUUUUUUUUGUUUUGAAA